UCUUAUUUCGAAUUUCGAUGAUAGAUGCUGAGCGCCAAGAGAAACCUCCGCUUGAUGAAGACAGCCGUUUUGUCUCGUCCCACGCACGCAAUGCGACCCGCGCGAUUUAUUGCCGGUGUGACUAUGUUAAUCUACGCAGGGAAAGUAGCUUGCGACGGAACGCGUGCGACCGUCCAAAUGAGUCACGGAUGGUGUCAUCUCGAGGAAUCUUAAUCCGCGAGCGACAUCGCGGUCGAGCCCGUGUGCGACAAUUAACAUAGCGCAAUGGCGCUGCGAUGUGUCUACUGUUAUGACAUUAUGCAAAGGAAUACGCGCGCGUGCGAUAUCUACGCAUGCCGUCUCGCGAUGCGCGAACGAAGGUGCGAACGGAGUGUCGGGCCUUGAAACCUUCGGCACCUACGGCCGCAAUUCCCAAUAACAUAGCCGAGGAAAGGCGAACCUUGGUCCCGUUCAUAACACACUGAUACGGGCCGCCGCGGCGAUGCACUUUUACCAGAGCCGCGUACGUGUUAUACUUCGAUGCACCACCGUGCACACACCAUUGAUACCCCGCGAUUGCUGCGAUCCUGGUUGGGACCCCACUCUCCGGGAUAGACCGGACGGACUACGAGUUUUACUUUCGUUCGUUCGAGCAUCGCACUCAGUUCAGGUUUACCGCUGCGCGUUCUCGCGCACACCGCUCUCACGCGGCUCUUGCGAAAUUCCACGAGGCAGAUGAAUGCCACCGCGUAUUAAGUACAGGAGUGAUCCUUACGUUGCGAGGACAUCGCGUGCAUUAUCUCGAGAAAGAUGUUGGUCCUCGCCAGAAACAUCGCCGCCGGUAACACGCUCGUCUUCGUAUCACGAUUCCUCGCUCUAACGACACUCGUCGGCGCCACGACCUUGCCGCCCAGGAUGCUGCAGGACCUCGGCAAGCGCACCAACGUCUCCAUGGAGCGGUACAGCCAGGCGGAACGGGCGAUCCUGAACUCCCGGACGCACCUCAGCCGUGGCUCACCGUCUUGGUUCCUCGGUGCCUCGCACGAGAUGACCGAGGGCGCCCAAAAUCUCUCGAGAAGGGCCCUGAGGAUCGAAACGAUGGCGGUGAUGCUCGUGGAGGCGCUCAACAUGUCGUCGAAGCAGGCGUCCUCGGUGCUGCCGACGGUAGCCGCCGUCCUGUGUCCCGACUCACCCAGCUUCCUGCGGCUGAUGUCCGACUGCAAGAAGGCGAAUAUCCGUUUCAGGACGCACACCGGUCGGUGCAACAACGCGUUGCAUCCGACCUGGGGCGCGGCCUUGGAGCCUUACGUGAGACUCUUGCCGCCAGAAUACGAAGACGGCGUGUCCUUGCCCCGUACGAAGCUGCCGAGCGCGAGAGAAGUCUCCUCGAAGGUACAUUCCGGCGGGUUGGACCUUAAACAUCCUUACUUGAUGGCGCUCACCGCGCUUUUCAGUCAGUUCCUCGCUCACGACUUGGCGCACACGCCCAGAAUGGAAUUACCGGACGGCACCAGGCUCAAGUGCUGCGACGUCGACUAUGAGAAUUUCCACCCCGAGUGCUUUCCGAUCCGGGCGGAGAACCCAAUCGGGUGCAUGGAGUACGCGCGGUCGGCGCCGCAUCCAGGAAAUUCGUUACAGGGUUGCAAGUUGGGUUCGCGGCAGCAGAUCAACCAGGCGUCCUCCUAUUUCGACCUGUCGCCGCUCUACGGCAGCUCCGAGGAGACGGCUCGCGCUUUGCGUUCGGGCAGGGGUGGUUUGCUGAACACGCAGCGGAAGAACCUACCGAUGGCCUCGCCGAGGUACGAGAGCUGCAGAAGCGCGAGCAAGGCGUUCCCGUGCUUCCUCAGCGGCGACACCAGGGUGAACGAGAACCCGGGCCUCACGCUGAUGCACGUGUUGUUCUUACGGGAGCAUAAUCGAGUGGCCGGGGAAUUGGAACGACUGAAUCCUCACUGGGACGACGAAAGACUCUAUCAGGAAGCGAGACGAAUCGUUAUCGCCGAGUUGCAGCACAUAACUUAUAAUGAGUUUCUGCCAGUCAUCUUCGGGGAGAACGCUCUCGACAAGUUCAACCUGCGACUGACACAGCGGGGCUACUUCCGCGGCUACGACAGUCGCGUGGACGCGACUCUCGCGAAUUCGGCGGCGUCGGCCGGGCUCUUCUUCGUCGCGGCGUUGACCCCGAAAACCCUCGACCUCGUCGACUCGCGAUCGGCGCUCAAGUCUGGCGAAAGGUCCUUACUGUCGGCCUUCUACGCGCCGCAGGAGUUCUACGAGGCUGGCGCGAUCGACCGGCUGAUCGUCGGAGCUACAGCGGGACAUUCUAGGAAGCCUCUGCCUCCGGGCUUGAACGAAAUACUUCUGGAACGAUACUUCCACGACGGGAAGACCAACGACGUAGCCGUGGACUACGCCGCGCAAAUUAUACAACAAGGAAGGGAUCACGGCCUGCCACCUUAUGUCAAAUGGCGAGGCUUCUGCGAUCUGCCGGAUCUCACUGACUUUCAGGACCUCAAAGGCACGGUGACCAAAGAUACUGUCGAGAAACUUCGAGCAGUCUACAAGCACGUAGAGGAUAUAGAUCUGGUGACUGGAGCACUUUCGGAAGCGCCGGUACCUGACUCCGUUCUUGGACCAACGUUUCUUUGCUUGUUAGGCCGAACGUUUCGCAAUAUCCGUUUAGGCGAUAGGUAUUGGUACGAAAAUGGGAAUACCCCCGGUUCAUUCACGAUAAAACAGUUGGAAGAGAUACGAAAGAGUACGAUGGCGCAAAUUUUGUGUCGCAACGGUGACAGACUACAGUGGAUGCAGCCGCGAGCUUUUAUCCUGAAAGAUCCUUUUCUGAAUGAUAUGACGAAUUGCACGACCUAUAUAGCAGGAGCCCUGAAUUUCACAGCUUGGAAGGAAAGGGCGGGAGACGCGGUUUAAUCAAAACCUCACGUUCAUCAUCAUAUUUUAAUAUUGCUCAUGUUAAAUAAUGUUGUUCCUGAUCACAUUAGGGAUCACAUGUUCGAUAGAAAUUGGCGAGAUACUAUUACUCUCGUACCAAAUCGCGUGAAUAAAAAAAGAUAUUACAAAUGCUAUCGCCUGAGUCAAAUUAACACAGUUAAUACAACUUAUCUGUAAAGAUCCGUUGGAAAAAUUUGCAAUUGUAAUCUCACUUGAGACAUGAUCCAAGUUGGAUGAAGAAAGUGUCAAUAACAAAUCAAAAAUUUAAGAAUAAGAUAUUUCUCAUAAUCAAAUCAUCGUUGAAUAAGAUUCUUCCCUUUUAAUUGAGAUUAUAAUGUACGUCGCGAUAGUUUUAAUACCUCAUGUAACGAAGGAAGAACUGUUCAUAAUGAUCUCCAUCUCAUUUCCAAUACGCACAUUUGUUAAUACACGUUUUGUUGUACUACUCGUUGUAAUUUUAUUACAAGCUACCAUCGUUAUUGUAGUGUUUUGAGUUAUUUAAUCUUUAAGACUCCUCAAAUGCGUCCGCAUCAUGGACAUUCGAUAUAAUAUGUUUCUAAAGAGUAUGGCAUAGCUUAAAUUUUGAAAAUUUUCAACGAAACAAUAUGUAUGAGCGCGUGCGUGCACGAGAUAUUUUAAGGAUGAAUAAUACACGAUGGAGCGACACACGAGUGCCGAUGGAGUAACACACCGAAUAAUAAUACGCAUACAAAUAGCUCGAUCGUCCAAAUCGAGCAUUUUCGGUAGCAUACGUCGUUUUAUCUUUUUUCUUUUUCUUCUAGGAUUAGUUGCAGGACUUUAACUUAUUUUAACUUGUGUGUAUUGUGCCCAAAUAAAAGUGCAUUUAUAUGACAGA